GUUUGCUGACCUCUGCCUUUAAGUAUGUUGUGAAAAGCUGCUCCGUAACAGCUAACUGUGUGCCUUCAUGGAUUUCGGGUUCCCGUUUUCCCUUGGGUCCUCACCAGUUGUUUUUCUCUCUCUUCCUUCCAGGAGCUGACGGGCAAAAGCGUGAGAAUGAAAGAGAAGCCCGCAGGUUGUUGCUGGAAAGAGGCAGCUGCAACAAAGGGGAAGAGCAGACAGCAGAAAUGGAAUCAAGACAGGAGGAGGGCAAGUCUCAAAGUGUUGACAGCUCUGCAGUCCCGAUCCAAGAAGACGCAGGCAAAGGAGAGGAAAGGAGCCAGGACUUUGGUUGCAAGUCAAGCCUCGGUGCUCAUUGGAAAAUCCACACCGAGGAAGAACCAUUUAAAUGCUCAGACUGUGAGAAGAGCUUCUGUAGUAAAUCAAUCCUGAAGAAACAUCAGAGAAUCCACACAGGGGAGAAACCAUUUAAAUGUUUGGAUUGCGGACGGUGCUUCCGUUGGCCCACGAGCCUUAUUUCCCAUCGCAGGAUCCACACCGAGGAGAAACCACACAAAUGCUUGGAGUGUGGAAAGAGCUUUGGUUCUUAUGAAUACCUUACUAUCCAUCAGAGAAUCCACACGGGAGAAAAACCCUUUAAGUGCCUGGAGUGCGGAAGGGGCUUUAGCAGGAGCGAUGCCCUUGCGUCGCACCAGAGAAUCCACACAGGGGAGAAACCAUACGAAUGCUUGGAGUGUGGAAAGACAUUUCUCCACAGCCAAAGCCUCAUUUAUCACGAACAGCUUCACACAGGAGUGAAGCCGUAUUCGUGCUUCGAGUGUGGGUGCAGCUUUAGUAGAAGAAGCAGCCUCACUUCGCAUAAAAGAAUCCACACAGGGGAGAAACCCUUUAAAUGCCCAGAGUGUGGAAAGAGCUUCAGUUUGGCCUUGGGACUGAAUUCUCACCAGAGAAUUCACACAGGAGAAAAGCCGUAUUCGUGCUUCGAGUGUGGGAAGAAGUUUGGCAACUGCUCAAGCCUCACUUCCCAUCAAAGAAUACACACGGGACAGAAACCAUUUAAAUGCUCCGAGUGCAGGAAAACCUUCAGCAGAAGCGCCAACCUGAAUUUGCAUCAGAGAAUCCACAGCUUCACUAGGAAACAGCGCUAAUCUGCUAAUCCUUC